CCCACCAUCCACUCGCACACCCUACUGUGUACACACACACACACAGAAAGUCUGAUCAUCUGAUUCUUGUUUUUCCAUCUUUAUUGAAUCCCCUCAUCUGUCUGUCUCUCUGAUAAUUAAAACAAGAAUCAAUCUAUCCAAUACAUUCAUUCAUUUUCUUUCCAUAUUGACCCAAUCCCAUUUUCUCUCUCUUUCUCUCUCUAUACCCACCAAACCAACACCCUUUCACACUUUAUGCAUCUCUCUAUCGGCAAACACUCAUAGCUGUGGUUGCAUAUAGUUUGAGCUUUGAUUUUGACUUGAGGUUGACCCAUAUCUGGUUCUGAGAUCAGGUGUUCCCAGCUAGUUCAAGCUUUGCCUCGCUUGGAAAAGAUAUAGAAGCUUUCUCGAAGCUUUGGGAUCCGAUAUGAGUAGUAGGGGUUGUGGGUUGACCCUGAUUUGAAUCGCUUUUUCUAAAAGUGGUCAAAUUGACACUUGCAUUAGCUUGCUGCAACUUUCUGGGCAUUGGGGAUGGGCUGCAAGAGUUCAAAAUUCGCAUCCUGGUGUUGGAGGGGACAGAAUCGGCCGAUUCAUGAGGAUCGCAAUCUGGAUAAUGAAGAUGCAAAUGAAGCUAGCGACGUGCCCACUUUUAGGGAGUACACAGUUGAACAGCUGAGGAUAGCUACCUCUGACUUUGCAGUGGAGAAUAUAGUUUCUGAGCAUGGUGAGAAAGCUCCAAAUGUGGUUUACAAAGGGAAAAUGGAUAAUCAGAGGCGGGUUGCUGUCAAACGCUUUAAUAGAUCUGCGUGGCCUGAUGCACGGCAGUUUUUGGAAGAAGCUAGGACAGUUGGUCAGCUCCGGAACAACCGAUUGGCUAACCUUCUUGGCUGUUGCUGUGAAGGUGAUGAGAGGUUGUUGGUUGCAGAGUUUAUGCCUAAUGAGACUCUUGCGAAACAUCUAUUUCACUGGGAAACUCAACCAAUGAAGUGGGCAAUGCGGUUAAGAGUUGCCUUAUACCUUGCACAAGCUUUAGAAUACUGUACAAGCAAAGGACGUGCUCUUUAUCAUGAUCUUAAUGCAUAUAGAGUAGUCUUCGAUGAUGAUGGUAAUCCCAGGCUCUCUUGUUUUGGAUUGAUGAAGAACAGUAGAGAUGGAAAAAGUUAUAGCACAAAUUUGGCGUUUACUCCACCUGAAUAUUUAAGGACUGGAAGAAUAACUCCAGAGAGCGUCAUGUAUAGCUUCGGAACACUUUUGCUUGACCUUCUCAGUGGCAAACACAUUCCUCCAAGCCAUGCACUUGAUCUGAUAAGAGACCGGAAUCUUCAGAUGCUAACUGAUUCUUGCUUAGAAGGUCAAUUUUCAAAUGAUGAUGGAACUGAGUUGGUUAGAAUAGCAUCUAGGUGCUUGCAAUACGAGCCUCGCGAGAGACCAAAUGCAAAGUCUUUAGUUGCUGCCUUAAUACCUCUUCAGAAGGAAACUGAGGUGCCAUCUCAUGUACUAAUGGGCAUACCAAUGAACGGCGAAUCUAUGUCUUUAUCUCCACUUGGUGAAGCUUGCUUAAGAAAGGACUUGACUGCCAUACAUGAAAUUCUACAAAAGCUUGGGUACAAAGAUGACGAAGGAGCAGCUACUGAGCUUUCGUUCCAAAUGUGGACCAAUCAAAUGCAGGAGACAUUAAACUCAAAGAAAAAGGGAGAUGCCGCUUUCCAACACAAAGACUUCAGGGCUGCAAUCGAUUGGUACUCGCAGUUUAUUCAGGUGGGGACCAUGGUUUCCCCGACAGUGUAUGCUCGCCGUUGUCUGUCAUACCUCAUGAGUGAUAUGGCAAAAGAAGCACUAGACGACGCGGCACAGGCACAAAUCAUAUCCCCUGUUUGGCACGUCGCUUCGUAUUUACAGGCCGUUUCUCUUUUCACAUUGGGGAGGGAAAACGACGCGCAAAUUGCGUUGAAAGAAGGGGCUGCUCUUGAGGGAAAGAACACUUCCUAAGUUACUCCAUAUGUUCACAGCCUUGUGUCUUCUUUAUAAGAAUGAAAUCACGACUUUUAAAAAAAGGUUAUUAAUGCUUCAGCUUAGUCUCUCUGCUGAUACGGCAUCGUCACUUGCUCUCUACUCAAAAAAAGGUCUUUCUUGGUUAGCGCGGGAAAUUAGUUGGGUGAGAUUGGUGAUGCUGGCUACUUUUUCUGCGAUUUAAAUGAAAAUGUACAGUGCCUUUGCCUUGCUAUAUACAUGCUGUGCUUUUUUAGCUUGCUCAAGAAGAGAUUGACUGAUUUUUCUUCCUUUUUUUAACUUCUCUUGUUUCUUCCCCCCAAUUGGGUUGCUGUUUCACCAUUUGGUAAUUUCUGUGGGUGCAAGUUCUAAUUGUCUGCAACCAGUUUACUUUACCCCUA